UUUGUUUCAUGUGGAAUGACAACUGAUGAAAAUGGUAAACUAGACGAACACAUUCAUGUUUUUAAGCCGGAGGGAGCUAUUAGCAAUGGAAUCACUUUGUUACGACAACGCCGAAACGAAAAUGCAAUUGAAAAUUUAAAUUUAAUAGAAGAAAUUGAUGUUGAAGAAGAUAAAAUAUAUGAGAGCGAUUUUUCAAUAGAAUUAAAUAUUGAUUUAAACAUUUAG